AUGUUAAAAAAUAUUCUAAGGUUAUAUAAUCGUGCGCUCGUUCGUCAACCUAUCUUGACACAAGCUUUCAUGACAGGUGUCUUAUUCGGAACCGGUGAUUUGAUAGCGCAAAAUAUUGAAGAAAAAGAAAAUGAUAAUUAUACUUUCAAAAGAACUGCGAGGAUGGUGAUAUUUGGAACUAUAAUUGCGGGACCAAUGCUUGCGAACUGGUAUAGAUUUCUCGAUAAAUAUGUGACAAUAAAUAAUCCAGUAAAAGCGCUGCUUGUCCGAGUUGCGUUAGAUCAAACGUUUUUCGCGCCUUGUUUCAUAGCCACCUUUUUCAGCGUGCAAGGUGUGAUGGAAGGGUUAUCUCGUCAGGAGAUCAAACAAAAGUUAGAAACGGUAUUUUGUUUUGACAAUCCACCUCUUUUGAUUUUAUCAUCAUUCAACAACAUAUUAACUCGGUAUAACACCUUCAAGGCAUAUCCAAAUGCGCUUCUAAACAACUAUAAAAUCUGGCCGGCCGUGCAGCUAAUAAAUUUUCGUAUUGUGCCGUUACAACACCGAACAAUGGUUACCAAUAUGGUGGCCCUCGGAUGGAACACAUAUUUAUCAAUAGAAAAUCGCAGAGCUCAAAACCAUAUCUCACUGUAA